UUGGCGAUUCUGGAGUCACCAGUAACAUUCGGAAGUUCUAAUAAUCGGUAGUGGAAGUGAAGCCAGUAGUGGAAUAAAAUAGUCAAAAUGAAACUUGCUCUAGUGCUUCUGUUCGUCGGUUUAAUCUGUGCGGUGUACUGUCAGGAUGCUGCCAAGGAUGCCACAAAAGGCGUGAAGGAUGCCGCGGAUAAGGCUAAGACCGACGCACCUGAUGCGUCUAAACUGGGCAAGGACGCUGUAACUACACCCGAUCCAAAAGAUGCGUCCAAAAAGGUUGAGGAUGCUUCUGGAAAAGUCAAGGACGCUGCUGCCAAGGCCAAGGAUGAACUAUCUGGACUGGGCAAGAAGCUGCAGGACGGGUUCAAACUGUGAUUUACUCGGGAUUUAGUUUUAUGUGAACGACGAUAAAAAAUAAAAACAAAAUAAUUUAAACGUACAAA